AUGGAGCCACCAGGCCUGACUACUGUAACUGAGUUUGAAAUCACCACUGAGACAAAGACUAGGCCAAAUUGCAGGGUCUUUAUUGCCGGCGGCCACGGAGGACUCGCGUCUCUCCAACCAUGGCCCCAAAAGGAGGGUGUGAAGACCUUUUAUGCCCACCAGGAGAUUCCUAGAUGGAGGAGCACCACGGGUCGCCAGUGCGGCUGUUUUGACCAGUGCAGCUGCUUUGCCAGCACCCUGGCCUGGUGGUCCUCUAUGCAAAAUACACUGGUCGAGGUCUCCUUGGCGGCCCCACAUAAUAAUGCUGCGUGGGAAGACCCAGACGAUUCAUCCGCGGGUCUCCGCAUUGAUCGCGACUCUCCUUCGCUGCGCUCCAGGACGCUGAUGGCAGCCGCCACCAGCCCCGCGUUCCUUCUCUGCCUCGCGCUUCUGCUCCUGCUGUCCGGCUGGUCCCGGGCGCAGUGCACCGACGCUCACUCUCUCUGCUACAACUUCACCAUCACCCAUCUGCCCAGAUCUGGACAACGGUGGUGCGAGGUCCAAGGCCAGGUGGAUCAGAAGAAUUUCCUCUCCUAUGACUGUGGCACUGACAAGGUCUUCUCUGUGGGUCGCCUAGAAGAGCAGCUGAAUGCCACAGAUGCCUGGGAAAGACAACUGGAAAUGCUGAGAGAGGUGGGGCAGACGCUCAGACUAGAACUGCCUGGCAUUGAGCUGGAGGAUUUCACCCCCAGUGGACCCGUCACGCUGCAGGCCAGGAUGUCUUGUGAGUGUGAAGCCGAUGGACACAUCCAGGGAUCCUGGCAGUUUGAAUUUCACGGACAGAAGUUCCUCCUCUUUGACUCAAACAACAGAAAGUGGACAGUGGUUCAUGCUGGAGCCAGGCAGAUGAAAGAGAAGUGGGAGGAAGACAGGGAACUGACCGUAUUCUUCUGGAAGAUCUCCACAGGAGACUGCGGGAGCUGGCUUCGGGACUUCCUGAUGUGCAGGGAGAAGAGGCAGGAGCCCACAGCACCGCCCACCGUGUCCUCAGGCACAGUCCCGCUCAGGGCCGUGGCCACCACCCUCAUGCUUUGCUACCUCUUCUUCAUCCUCCUCUGCUGCCUCCUGACUGGCAACUGA